ACAUGGUAACCCAAUUAUAAGUGCGACGAAAUCAGCUGUUUCUUCGGUUGUUUUAAUUUAUAGUAGCCAAACAAAAGAAUGGAUAUCAACGAGAUUCUGAUCGAACAAAUUAAACAAAAUGAUUGUUUAUUUAAUUUAUCACAUCGCGAAUACAAAAAUGUCCACAAGAAAAUGGAAAUUUGGGAAUCAGUUGCUCAGUCCUUGAAUUUGAGCGCGGAUGCAUGUCGCAAGCGCUGGAAAGGGCUCCGAGAUACAUAUAAGAAACGAAAGCGUUCUGAGCUCCUUGCGUCUGGAAGUGGCGCUCCCAAUCCU